GGUUACUACGUGUGUGUGUGUGUGUGUGUGCAUGAUCAUCUACAUAUACAUGGAACUCAAUCAGAAGAAUCCCACGAACCAAAAACAAAAAAGAAAAAGAAAAAAGGGUUAGAAGCAAAAUUUUCAAACCCUUGAGAACACACACAAAUUCUGUGCUCACUAACAACCUUGUAGUUUCAGUUUCAAUAUCUGUUUUGAAAAUACUUCUUUCCUACGUUUGUAUCUCCUCACUUAUAACACCGUUGGUUUGAGUGAGUGACCUGUGACCCUAAGUCGAUCGUCAGUUUCGUUACUUCGACUUGUUGAGCUAGCAUCUUCUUCUCCCUUCUAUAGGAAUUUCCAUUUGAUUUGGGUUCAGAAAUCCAAUGGAGAACCAGAAUCAGAGCCUUGUUGGGAAGUUAUGCGGGAAUUCGAUCUCCUACAUGAGGAGAUUUCUGUUUGAUGUUCUAUCUGUUGGUCCAAUUCCAAAUCACAUUGCCUUCAUAUUGGAUGGAAACAGAAGGUAUGCAAGGAAGUACAAAUUGGGAGAAGGGAUGGGACACAGAGCUGGAUUUCUGUCUCUCAUGUCCUUAAUGAAGUAUUGUUAUGAAUUGGGAAUCAAAUACAUCACACUCUAUGCAUUCAGCAUUGAUAACUUCAGAAGAAAGCCUCAUGAGGUUCAGUAUGUGAUGGAUUUGAUGCUGGAAAAGAUUGAAGGGAUGCUUAAGGAAGAAAGCAUUGUGGAGCAGUAUGGUGUGAGGGUGUAUUUCAUUGGGAAUUUGAAGCUUCUGGAUGAUACUGUUAGGAAUGCAGCCGAAAAGGCGAUGAAAGCCACUGCAAAGAACAAUAAGGCUAUUCUUCUAAUCUGUGUGGCUUAUACUUCAACUGAUGAAAUUGUUCAUGCUGCUCAAGAAUCCUGUGAACAGCUUGAGCAUGAGAUUGGGCAGCUGCCUGGUGGGGCGAUAGUCAACAAGAUAACUGAGAUAAUCGAAGAAAAGGAUGAGAAACCUGAAGAAAAGAAGCAGGGGGAAGGGAAUGGUGAAAAGGCUGGGGAGGACAAGGGCGAAGAGAAGCCGGGAUCCCUUAUCAAGGGGGGCAUCCUUCAGAACGUAAGCGAAGGGAUCAAGGAGGGAUUGAACAAAAGUGUUGUUGGAGAGGUGAAGGAUGGAAUUCUAGAUGUUAUGAGCAAAGAAACAAAAGGGAUUCGACCACCGGUCAUUAAGCUGUCGGAUAUUGAGACAAACAUGUACAUGGGGGUGGCUCCUGAUGUUGACAUUUUGGUGAGAUCUUCAGGUGAGACUCGGCUGAGCAACUUCCUGCUCUGGCAGACAUGGAAUGGUCUGUUGUAUUCGCCAAAAGCGCUGUGGCCGGAGGUUGGUUUGAAGCACUUGGUCUGGGCAAUACUCAACUUCCAGAGAGCAUAUCCAAUCUUUGAGAAGAGAAAGAAGCAAUUCUGAGAUGGUUCAUGCUGCCUAUGGAAAGUUGUUAACUGCUCUAAGUAUGCAGGUAUCAUCAUCAGUUUAAAAAGAAGCAAUUUCACAUGUUAUCUGAAUAACUUUGACAAUAAGAUUGCCAUGUUUGAUGAAAGUCAAGAUCAAAUUCUCCUUAUCAGCUUGUUCUUAACUUUUUUACUGUCAAUAGUUGUAUUUUAUCCAGUCUUGACAUGUUUUUUCAAUAGAAGUUGGAGUUCAAAAUUCACAUAUUUACUACUCCAUCUACCCAAGAAUAGGAGUCAUGUUGUUAUCAACAAACAAGACUAUUAUUUAGAAUAAUGAAAUGCUUUUAUAUUCUGUGAAUUUAAGAAGCAAAAAGGUUAAAAAGAAAUUAAGAAGCAAAAUGGCAUUUGCAAGGCUGCCAUUGAUAUAUAAUAACAUCAAAGAUACAGCAGUUUCAACAGUUACCCAUCUCACGGGAAAAACGUAUCUCAUUUACAAAGCAUUUGGUGUGAGACCUGUUCCAAGUGUUUAGGGUGGUCAAAUUUUGACGAAAAUCAUCAAGCAGUUAACUAAAUGGAGAAAAAGCAUCACUGAAUAGGGGAAAAGAAAUCAAUGCAGACGAACAAGGAAGGAAUUUCUAGCACAAAACCAGUGGCCAGGGGGGAAACUACAUGGCUAAUAUACUUGACAAAAAUAUCUGCACCAGCAAAAUCUCCAACUUGUCUGAAGGUAGCAAUUGGCAAAGCAGUACGGACCCGGAAUCAUCGUCGAGGUUGGUGCAGACGUGGCCGAUUGCAGAAAAGUCGACCAUUUGCCUUCACAAAAGCUGCUAUCCCCAAACUUAAGCUUGCCCACAAAAUUGAGAACAACAAUUGCCAGAAAUCAUUUCGGACUGUAGAUAAGCAGUAAAACAAAGAGGCAGUCAUGAGCAUGCUUACUAUAGCAAGAAUCAAAUGAACUGAUAAAUCGGCUAAAUUCGUAUGAGGUAUCUCUACAACUGAAAAAUCACCAAAAUUUCUCCAACUCCUAAACAGAUGUUCAGCGACAUCCGUGACAUUCAUUAACUUUUAGUGCUGGAGACAAGAACUCAAUAAACUCCUCUGUCCUGAUUCUUGUGCUAUUGUUAAAAGUGACAGAACAGGCAAUCUCAUUCUCAAACAAUUUCUGUGCACUAUUUCUCUUUUAAUUAGCACCUAACUACUUCACAAGAUUCGGGAAACAAAUAAGUAUUAGAUAGACUUCCAGAAACAAAUUAGGACAAACAUUUUCACUACGAACUAGAACCAUUUUUUGUCUAGAACUUGAAAAGAAUUCAAAAUUGGAAAAAGUAUGACAAGCAAUCUUUUUUUUCCGAUAAACCAGACAAGCAAACUUCAAGUACUGAAGUAAAC